AUGAACGACACAGAUCCGGCCACCGCCGCUCGUCCUGACUGGGAAAACCAUUUUAAUGACAGUCUGCGGCUUCGCUUCGCCGUUCAGCGCGCGAGCCUUCUGUCGGUCGCGUGCGGCCCUACGGCGGCUGCGUCGACGCCGAUCCCCGCGGGACCCUCACGGACGUGGAGGGCCGUUUUUGUCUCGAGCGCGUCGAUAUCAAGUGGCACGCGCCUCGUCGUCACGGCCCGCAGCUGUGGCGAGAAGAGAUGCGGACGACCGCGGGGGCUCGCGUUUUACAUUCCGCCCGCUCGCCGCGGGAAAUUAGACAUUCAUCAAACGCGUAGGAAGCGUAAUUAUAACUUAAAGACACAAGGUUACAGUGGGUUCCUAGAAAAUAAUCCGCCAGCCGUCACUGCCCACGCUGACACCAGCAGACUGUGCUGUGGCUCAUUGCCAGUCGUGUUCCUGCGGUGGGUCCGUGGGGGUCCCGGCGCCAUAUUGAGAUCCGUUCGGGACCGGAAAAAGCCGAGCCACUUGCCGUAUUUGUAUUCAGGGGCCAGAGUCAGAGUCUGCAGGGUCCGCCUUCGUGUGGCCGCUGCGUCGGCAGCGUUGGAGGACGACCAGACGCGGGGAAUCACAAGUGGAAGCGAGGCCACCGCCAAGUUCUAUGUUGCUGCUCAUUGGCUGGACUCACCUGUCCUACACUACACCAGUAGGCCUGUCAACAGGAAGGCGUCCCUCCUUCAGAUCAGCCAUGUAGAACAGGACGACCCGGGGGCUGAUGAGGACGCCGCCACUGAUGGAGGGACUCGUGCUCGGCUGAGCUGGACUUUUAAAGGCAUUAACGCUCUUCGGGAGCCAAAGGAAGAUUUGUUAGCAAAGUUGUGAGUCCACACUGUCGUGGAAAUGUUUGUUUGGACACGUGCAGUCCUUUGCCUGAAACUGCAGCUUUGCUGCGCAGAUAAAUCACUAGACACCUUUUAUAGUUUGUGCUAUGGACUAUGGAGAAUAGCUUUUUCUGGAGCUUUGAGUAUAUAACUGCUGCUCUAUUUAUCAUUGGACUGUAAUUUAAGUAAUUAGGGCAGUGAUAAAUCUAUUUCUUUAAAAUGUUCAGGGACAGUCUUGAACAGAGGUUCGAGCUGCACUGCAGCGUCCUCGGCUUGUUUCCCUUUGAGUUGUGGGGGCAUCCUUGGCUACGAAACCUGAAAAUGCAGAUUUGGCGCCUCGCUUCGUGUCGGGCAAAGCGCUAGCUGUUGUUUAGCGCUUCCGCGUCAGCUCGAGCUCCGCAUCAAACGUGCCCUAACCCAUAUUUUGGAGGCAGUUGGUAGCUGCGCCGGCGCCGGCGUCCUCUGAGGCGCGCCCCAGAUGAGACACAGCACAUACCUGGCGGGGCCUCCGUGGGACGCGGGCUCUCUGACGGGGAGGGGAAGAUUGACGCGUGAGCAUUAUUUUUCACAGGAAAGUGUCAAGCAGGCUCUUAUGUGAUAUGGAGGCAUGUGAAGGGCUGUCCUCCACCUCCUCCCCCCCUCCUCGCCUCUCAUGUCUCUCUUUUUUUUUAACACCUCUGCUAUUCAACCAGGCCUCUGAGCAUUUAAAUGAUCAGAAUUCUGCAACAUGGCUGUCUGCCCUCGCGCUGUCAAAUUUGGACCGAUAUGUUUCAGCAAGUGAGAGAGGUAGACAUGGACCAUACACAUACAUUACACAGAUCUGUACGCGCGCACACACACACACACACACACACACACACACACACACAGAUUUGCCCACAAGUCCGGCGUCACUUCUCCAGACAGGCAAACGCCUCUCGGCAUACCCGCCAGUUGAGCCAGGCAGAAAAGUGUAAAAAUGUGCUCCUCAGUGGAGAUGCAGUCAGUCAUACAGCUGUCGAGAAGCAGCAGUUAUCUGUUCAGAUGGAGACUAGAGGGCAAAAGGCCAGAGUCGUUUUAUUCCACUUUCACUCAUUCGUCAACUAUAAAAUCUAAACCCAACAACCUUUUGUCAUUGUGUGUUUUAGAGGAAAUAACUGUACUUAAGGAGCCUCGGUGGCGUUAUUAAUAAAAAAAAAAACAAAAACUCAAGGUGA